AGACCAGCCAUAGCAGUCCGGGUGUGAGGGAGAUCAUGCCGUCGUAUUGGUACUGGCGGCAUGUGGCUGAGGAUGGCGUGUGGCGCUGGCGGUCCGUCAGACACGAGGUCAGCUGAAUGGAUGAUGACAGCACUCGUCGAGGCUCCUCGGAUGCAGUCGUCUCUCGGCUUGGUCUGUGUGCAGGUGAGGAUUGCUGUGGUUCCCGCUGCUCACGAGGGCUGGUCCUACGGACUCACUCACGAGAGCGGACAGCCGCCCACAACACACGACAAACAGGUCGGUGGCAGAGACGACACACCUGGCUGCAUUUCUCUCGUCCAUCCCCUGUGUGUGUGUGUGUGCCGUCAGCCAUGGCAUCGUCUGUCCCGCGAUGAGCUCGUGUGCAUCUUCGGCUAUCUGUACCCGUGGGAGCUCGAGCGGCUGGAGGCCUCGCUGCGCACCCCGCUGUUCCUCCUCGCCCCCGCCCACUACUCACACCUCUCCAUCGAUGCAUCCGAUGCCGAGGCCGCUCGCCAGUGGGCGCACAUGCGCCCUUCCGCCGCUGUCCAGUGGGGCAGCCGAGCGGUAAACCUCCGCACAAUCACCCAGAAGCAGUCUCGAAGGAGCAUCUACGGGCGCUCCCUUGUCUACUCGGGCUGGUGUAUCGAGAAGAUGGUGUGUUUGGUUGAGGGCCACGUGCGAGGUCGGGCGGCCAUGAUCGAGAGGCAGCAGAGGGCGGCGGGGGCGGCGGGGGGGCAGCCACAGCAGGAGGGGUCGCUCGAGCAGAUCACGGUCACGGAUGUCGACCGCCUCGUCGAGAAGGAGGAUAGACAGCUUCAGCUGCCCCGCUUCGUCGGCCCCCCGAUCACCUUCCAUUCGCUGACUUCGAUCAUCGGCCUGGACGGCCACAGCAGCGACCUGUUUGACGAGCUCAAGUGGCGGAUGCCCCGGCUGGAGGAGGUGCAGUUCAGGUCGUGG